UCUCUGUGCCUCUCUCUUGGCCCUUCCUCCUCUUCCUCUUCUCCCCAGCUCCGGCCAGGCUCCGCUUCCCUCGCCUUCGCCUUCGCCAUGCCCAAUAUUGUGCUUUUCAGCGGCAGCUCGCACCAGGACCUGUCCCAGCGCGUGGCAGACCGGCUGGGGCUGGAUCUGGGCAAAGUGGUGACCAAGAAGUUCAGCAACCAGGAGACCAGUGUAGAGAUUGGUGAAAGUGUAAGAGGGGAAGAUGUGUACAUUAUCCAGAGUGGUUGUGGCGAAAUCAAUGACAACUUGAUGGAGCUUCUCAUCAUGAUCAAUGCUUGCAAGAUUGCCUCAUCCUCCCGUGUUACUGCAGUAAUACCAUGUUUUCCCUAUGCUAGGCAAGAUAAGAAAGAUAAGGACCAAGGUAGAUGGAGUCGUGCUCCCAUUUCUGCAAAGCUGGUUGCCAAUAUGUUAUCAGUGGCUGGAGCAGACCAUAUUAUCACCAUGGAUUUGCAUGCAUCCCAGAUACAGGGUUUCUUUGAUAUCCCAGUGGACAACCUUUAUGCAGAACCAGCUGUGCUGCAGUGGAUCAAAGAAAAUAUUCCUGACUGGAGGAACUGUGUCAUUGUCUCACCUGAUGCAGGUGGAGCUAAAAGAGUUACUUCAAUUGCCGACCGACUUAAUGUUGAGUUUGCCCUGAUUCACAAAGAAAGGAAGAAAGCUAAUGAGGUAGACCGCAUGGUCUUGGUUGGGGAUGUGACAGAUCGUGUGGCAAUCCUUGUGGAUGAUAUGGCAGACACAUGUGGCACAGUUUGCCAUGCAGCAGACAAGCUGGUCACUGCAGGAGCAACUAAAGUCUAUGCUAUCCUCACUCAUGGGAUUUUCUCUGGGCCUGCUAUUUCUCGGAUCAAUAAUGCUGCAUUUGAAGCUGUAGUUGUAACUAACACAAUUCCACAGGAAGAGAAAAUGAAACAUUGUCCCAAGAUUCAGGUUAUUGAUAUUUCUAUGAUUCUUGCUGAGGCCAUCCGAAGAACGCACAAUGGCGAAUCUGUGUCCUACCUGUUCAGUCAUGUUCCACUAUAACUCCAAUGAAAGCUGUGACGUGCGGCAUUCAGUACCAAAUAAUGGAUUUCUUUUUAAGGAUAGCGAAUGUCUAUGACGGCUUCAUGUUGCCUGUAUGCACAUUCCUUCUUCUGUUAUGGGCAAUAACUAAAAUGGGCACGAGAAUACUAUUUUUGAAAGCCAAAGGUAGCUCGGGAGUUUAACCUGAAUAGGAGUUUGCUUGCUGAAAGUUAUGGAACCUCAGAAAUAACAUAAUUUUAUACUGAUUUGCAAACUUUAAAGAUUUAAAUGGCUUAUGUAUGUUCCCUUUGAAAAAAUUAGUGUCUGCCAUAAGCUAACUAACGUUCUCUGGCAAUUGUCUUAGCCCUUCUGGAAAGUGGCCCCAGAACAAGGAUUAACUGUUCUCAGACCACUGAAAAAUCUCCUCUUUAAAUGUUCCUUUUAAUAGAUAGGACCUUGGAUGCAUUUACACUAUAGAAUUAAUAUGGAUUGAGACCACUUUAGCUGUCAUGGUUCAAUGCUAUGGAAGUGUGGGAUUUGUAGUUUAGGCACUCUUUGGUAGAGAAGGCUAAAGGCCUUGUAAAGCUACAACUCCCAUGAUGCCAUAGCAUUUAUCCAUGGCAGUGAAAGUGGUGUUAAACAAGGUUUAAUCCUAUAGGUUUCACAUACUUGAAGGAGAGCUCUAUGUCCCCCUUGGAUGUUAUAGGAGAGACUUCAGUGGGAAUAUUUUAUGUGGUCUGAGGAUUUUGCAAUAAUCUGAGUGUUGUCAUCUGCAGAGACCAAAUGAAAUAGGCCUUGGGACUCCAAUUUAUUUUAAAGCUAAUCCUUCUUCCUUGGUUUUAGUAAAAAUAAAAAGGACCAAUUAUAAUCCAUCAUAAUCAUCCACAUGUGUAAGAGAAUUUUGGUUAUCAAAAGGUACUGCCACUGGCUUCCCUAUCUUCUACUAAUGAGUUUGAACUUUUUAAAAGAGUAUCUUCUGUGCUGUGUUUUACUUGUAUGAAAAAGUGGCAUGAUUUUUUUUUCAAAACCAUAAUUCCCACAAGAACAUGUGUAUUCUCCAAAUCUCCCCAUCUGCAGGGGAACUGAAACAAUCCUAUAAAUACAUUUUGUUGUAUAAAUUUGCAAAACCAAUUGCUCAACAUUUGCUAAUUGUGCUGUUCUGACUGGUGUAUUUUCACAAGAAUGAAAUCCAUGUAAAUCAAACCGCAUUAAUUCUACAGUGUAGAUGCUUAUCUGUCCCCUCCUCUCCAAAAAAAGUUUGAUGUAGCAGUCCUCAAUGUUGUUUCUGUUAUCUUCUUUGCCAUUCAAGUUGGUCCAGCUAAAAGCAUUUUGUUACUAUGAGAAAAAACUAUAGAUCUUAUUUUUUUUCUUUGAAAAAAAUCAGGAAAAAAUCUCUUUAUUGUGUUUCAAGUUUCUCAAUAAACUCAGCAUUGUUCUACAA